AUGAGCGUUGCCCUCCAUGAUCUCCCCAACGAGGUCAUAUUCAAAGUGUUUGAGAACAUGUCUGUUGACGAGUGCAUCGAUAUAGCCCAGACUCCUGGCCUCAAUCCUCAGGCAAAAGCAGUGGCCGAGGCUCGAGUCUACCGUGGCCCCCAGCUCAUCACCAACCAACGAAGUCAGCAUCGAGGCCAUCACAAACUCGUGCUUAGCUUAACUGAGUUCUUCGACUUGAUCAAAAGCAGCCCUCAUUACCGCCACCUGGUGCCGCAACUGCUUGAAGUGAGAAUAGUCCGAACCGGCCCCGGGUACGUUGAGUUCGUCCGAGAAAUGAGAUUGUUGAUGGAAGCGAUCGCCUGUCCGCCUCUGCUAGAGGCACAGCUGUAUUUCGAAAACACCAUAUCUCAGUGGCUGGCGGUGAUCGAUGCUCGACUCAUGCUCAUGGAGAACCCCACCGUGGUGUCGACAGUGAUCCUCCUGUUUGUCAUAUGUGCUAUGCAAAACCCUAGUUUCCGAGAUAAGCUUGUGCUGCUAGCGCUCCGUGACUGUGAGAUCGGUACCAUGUACGUAGAGCAGUGGCUCCGCAUCUUCCUUCAGUUCUCUCGCCUCCAUACGCUAGACUUGACUGGUGUUUUACUUCGAGGCAGUGAUGCCUGCCAUCUCCGGGUACCGCCUACAUUACGUCGUCUUGUGCUUAAUGGCAACCCGUUGUGUGAGAUAGAGGACGAGUGGGUGGAACACUUACCUCCACUGCUAACGACGCUAGAAUUGAGAAGUUGCUGGCUCGGUAACUUCCAAUUGCAAUACCCCCUUACAAAGUACUUGCCUAAACUCCGGGUGCUUAACUUACAAGAUAACCCGCUCUUGACAUUUUUGGACGUCCACACAUUCAGACGUGCCCACCACCUUACUGUAUACCUUUCGGGCACUCAACUAGUGGAAUACAACCGACACCAGGUCACCGAGGCCGUACCUGGCAUCACCCUCGUAAUGAAACGUUACUCCAUAUCGUAA